CUUCCGUCUUCGAUUAAGUGACUCCGUAACUACCGCCGACUGCAGCUCCGUCAGAAAGAAGUGACCCCUCGAUGAUCAUGCCACAUUGCUACUGAGAUUCGAUUUGACGUGUGAAGGCUUUCUACCAUUCUGUUAUCGCAUAUCACAAAAGAAAAAUCCCACAUCCCAAAUAUCCAUUGAAAGUAUCCGCAUCCACCGCCUGCCCAGCCGUUCCCCACACCACGCGACCUCAGGCGCAUCAUCCGACAUACACAUACUCGUUAAGACCAGAUCACCUCCACCACCUACACCCACCCACUACUACUACCACCACACACCACCAUGGCUCAGAAAGCAGCCAAAACCCUCGCGGCGCGCAACACGGCCCUCCUCCAGCGCACCCACCUAAUCAGCCUCGCCCUGCACGCCCUCUACCUCGCCCUGCACUGGACAUUCCACCGCCCGCGCGCCCUAAAGCCCUACAUCUUCCUUGCGGUCCCGACGCUCCUCAUCGAAUUCUACCUGGACCGACUCGGCCGGCCGCGCCACAACCCGGCGGACGGCUCGCUGCGCUCCCCCGGCGAGGACCUCGGCGCCGCCGGGCUGACGGAGUACAUGUGGGACGUGCUGUACUGGACGUGGGGCUGCAUCGGGGCCGUGUGCGUGUUCGGCGACCGCGCCUGGUGGCUGUGGGGGGUCAUCCCGCUGUACUCGGGCUGGUUGGCCUACUCCACGUUCAUGGGGAUGCGGAGCGGGCUGGCGGGGAUGGGUGGUGGUGCUGCUGGCGAUAGUGCUGCUGCGGCUCCGGAGAGUAAGAGGCAGAAGAAGUUGGAGAAGCGGGGUGGGCAGAGGGUGCAGUAUCGCUGAGGUGGGGGGAUGUAUAGGGGACUUGAUUGUUGCGGUUUCCAUUUCACGACGGAUCUAUCUGAGGUGGAUGGAGGGUAUUUAGAAACUGAAUGUGGGCUGGGCAUGGUCUCUGGAGUGGUCGGACUCCCAUGUACGCUUUUGUUGUAUAGAUGAAAAGUUGUUUACGUAUAUUCAGAUCAUGGAAAUGCACAGACCUAAACUACG